AUGCAAGGACAUAGUUCCUCCUUCGUAUUGAAUAUUGAAACCGCUAACAUAAGUAAGUUAAAACUUGUCAGACUACGUACUUCUAGUGUAACAUUAGCAAUACGGGGGACUAUUUCAACCAUGUCAAAUAUUUUAAGAGGUCUUGAUAUAUCCACACUUACCCAUCAAUCGUUGAAAGACAUGGGCAAUCAACUGUUCAACUCAUGUCAAUAUAACGAAGCAGUUCAAUGCUAUACACAUGCUAUCACCCAACAACCAAAUAUUUCUUCGUAUUAUUCAAACAGAGCGUUGUGUUAUAUUCAAAUGCAAGAUUAUUCAAAAGUUUUAUCUGAUUGCAGAAAAGCAAUUGAUUUAGAUCAAAACAAUUUAAAAGCUCAUUUCUUUGCUGGACAAGCACACUUGGGCUUAAAUCAAUAUGAAGAAGCAUUAACAAGACUUGUUCAUGCUCAUAAUUUAGCUUUAGAACAGCAUCGUAAUUUUGGAGAUGAUAUAACUUCAGUUAUCCGAUUAGCUCGGAAAAAACGUUUCGAAGCUAUGGAUGAAGACAGACAAAAGGAAGAAAUUUCUUUACAAGUUUAUUUAAACAACUUAAUCAUGGAAGAUGCUGCCCGUCAAAAACAAGUGAUUCUAUCUAAAUUGUCUGGAAUCAAUGGUUCUCUACCAAAUGUCGAGCCAACCAAAAACGUGUCUAUUGAUUUGUUAUCAGCCGAAGAUAACAAUUUUGAAAACAUCUCACCAAAGCACCAAGAAAUUCUUUCGAAAAUAGAUAAUACUGCUCAAAAAUACAUUUCAGAGCUUAAUGAACUGUUCUGUAAGGUGGAUGAACGCCGAAAAAAACGUGAGAUUCCAGACUACCUUUGUGGUCGUAUUAGCUUUGAUCUAAUGCGAGAUCCUGUAAUCACACCUUGUGGAAUUACCUAUGAUCGGCCGUCAAUUAUAUCUCACCUGCGCCAAGUUGGACACUUUGAUCCUGUUUCACGUCAACCAUUGAUAGAAGAUCAGCUUAUACCAAAUUUGUCUAUGAGAGAGGUUGUACAAGCUUUUCUAAACGAAAAUCCCUGGGCUGAAACAUUAUAA